AUGGCUGCUAAGUUCGUCGUAGUGCUCGCUUUGGCUGUGUCUGCCCAGGCGUCAGUUGUGCCCGUGGCCGUGGCCCGCGCAGCAGACACCAGCAGCUUCGCAUACGAUGUCGCCGACCCCAACACCGGCGACUACAAGAGCCAAGUAGAAACCCGCGUUGGGGGCGUCGUGCAGGGACAGUACUCGCUGCUGGACGCUGAUGGCACUAAGCGUACCGUUGAUUAUACUGCUGAUGAUGUGAAUGGGUUCAACGCUGUUGUGCGUAAGGAUCCUGUGGUUGUCGCGCCUGUUGUGAGCGCGCCUGUUGUUGAAGCUGCGCCCGCUGUGGUUGAGGCGCGUACGGUUGCCGCCCCUGCUGUGUACUCCGCUGCUCCCGUGGUUGCCACGCGCACUGUUGCCGCGCCUGUAGCGUAUUCUGCCGCGCCUGUAGCAUACUCUGCCGCGCCUGUAGCAUACUUUGCCGCGCCUGCCGUGUACUCUGCUCCUGCUAGUUAUGCUGCUCCAGUAGCCUACUCCGGCUACUCUGCACCAGCUUACUCGAACAUCGCCAGCCCGUACUACUCUGCUCCUUACUCGACCUAUUACUAAAUUUAUGAAUUUGGCCUUGACGUAAAUACUCAUAAAUUUAAUGCUAAGUCAUUGUACAUACUAUUUGUAUUUUAAUUUUUAAUAAAAAGUGAAACUACCUUA